CUCCUAACAAGGUACAGGCCUACCCUAAAGACAGCUUCAGCAGGGUUUAAAUUUUAAAUAAAACUACUAUAUAUAAAAUAACUAACAAGAACCUGCUGUAUAGCACAGGGAAUGCCGCUCAAUACCCUGUAAUGACUUACAGGGAGCAGAAUCCAAAAUAGAGCGGACAUACGUGUAACUGAUCCACUGUGCUGUACAGCAGAAGCUAUAACAUGGUAUAAAUUAAUUAUACUCCAAUAAACACUUUUUAAAAUGUUGAAUCAAGAAACAAAGUGGACAUCUCCUUCCUUGACUCCAUGGACCAAGCACCACCCGACCAAAAUCACUCAGGAAACAGCAGCCUGGGGGCCUGGAGUGAGCUUCUCUCCUGGGAAGCAGCGACUUCGUCCCCUGCGGAGGCCUCGUCAGGCGUGUUCUCAGUUUUCACUGUUCACGGAAGUCUGCCUGUGCUUUCUUUCAGUCCUGAUCUUGUCUUCUUUCCCCCGCCUUUUGUUACUUGGUUUUCUACUGUGCAGAAACAGCUACAGUUCUGACCGAGUGCCGUCAGGGUUUUCUGGGAGGACAAAGGUCGCAGCGACGUCAUGGCCUUGGCGGGUGUCCAGCUCCUGGCUUUUGCCCUGGCCUUGUCGGGGGUCUCUGGGGUCCUCGCAGCCACGCUGCUGCCCAACUGGAAGGUGAAUAUGGAUGCGGGCUCCAACAUCAUCACCGCCAUCGAGCGGCUAGAAGGGCUGUGGAUGGACUGCACGUGGUACAGCACCGGGAUGUUCAGCUGCACCCUGAAGUACUCCGUCCUGGCCCGCCCCAGCCACGAGCAGGCCGCGCGGGCCGCCAUGAUCCUGGCCUGCAUCCUGUCUGCAGUGGGGCUCUGCACUUCCACAGUGGGGAUGGAAUGCACUCGCUUAGGAGGGGACCCGGAAACCAAGAGGCAUGCUUGUUUUGCUGGAGGAGUUUGUUUCCUGUCUGCAGGGACCUCUGGUUUAAUACCGACUGUGUGGUACACGAAGGAGAUCAUAGCAAACUUUCUGGACUUGACGGUUCCACAAAGCAACAAACAUGAGCCUGGAGGAGCCGUCUACCUUGGAAUCAUUUCGGCCGUGCUGCUGGUGGUCUCCGGCAUGAUCUUCUGCACAUCCUGUCUAAAGAAGAAGUCGGGAGCUUUGCUCCACCCAUGCAAGCAGCCACCCAUCUCCACCACACAGCCAGAGGACAGUUCGGCAUACAGCCUGAAGGACUAUGUGUAAAAAACUGUGAUGCGCAUGGAAUUUUUAGGUGCCUGCUGUGACUUUUGUCUUUAAAUACCAGAAUUGUGUUUAACUUUCUCUACAAAGAAGGUGAAAUACUUUAAAAAUGAAGUUUUUCAAAAUGCCAAACUUUGUGUAUAUCUGUUUUACAUUAUUUUCCCAUUAUUGUUGUGUUUUAUAUCUAAAGGUUUAUAAAAGAAAGAGGUUCUGAUUAUAUUAAUAAGGCAAUUAUUUCACAGCCUUUUCUUCUUAAAGAGAAACUGUUGAUACAUACAUCUUACUAACCGGUACUUAAUUGGACUUCAUAAAAGAACUAAAUCGCCAAAUAUAACAAGCACCUUGUCCUGGUGUUCAUUCAGGAUAUCAUCUGCUUUUGCCGUCUCUGCCUGACAACCCCAUAGUAAUUUACUUCUGUUUUCAAUUUCCACUGCAUGACUGCACCUUAUGCAUAGAAGAUGUCCACUUGUUUCGGAGGUUGCCCAAAUCCCAAGUCCCCAUCCACUGUGACCUCCCAGUAGAGGGGAACAUUUUUUACAUUUUAGGAAAUAUAAUCUCCAUACAAUAUGGCGUUCAAAGAUUAGGUGGAAAUAAAGGAAAUUGGUAAAUGCUACCAUAGCAAAGCAAAAUCAAACUAAACCCAAACUGAAAUCUCUAGGACUUUUAAAGCAUUAUGUACAAGCUAAGUGAAAACAAAAAGAAUCUGUUUUAAAAUGCUUACGAACUGCCCUCUUCUGGCUGCUAACAAGAGGACUCUCCAGAUUAGGUUCAUUUACCUCUAGCAUUUUUGAUUUGCCCCUAUCAUUUAAUAUCAAACUGAUUAGUAUUUGAAUGCUAAAGGUUACUUUUAAGUUGUCAGUUUUUCUUCUCAAGUUUGAUUCAUGUUAAAAAUGUUUUUACAAAUGAGCUGCUUCAAUUAGUUAAUGGUUAUGAAAAUGUUUUAAAGAAUAAAGAAUGCUUUAAAAGUUAGAUUAUCUUAUAUGUAAUUCAAAUAUUUAAAGAAAAUAAAAACUGGGUUUUCCAAUGUGCAAAAGAAACACUGCACAAGGCUGUUUCUAAUAAUUUAUUCGUUUAAGCUUAGUUAUUGUUCAUAACAUGACGGUAAAGGGGGAAAGGCUACUUCAUUAUGCAUUAAUAACUCAGAAAGUGGGACGUUAUCUUUUAUGUGAAUAAAUAAUUUUGAAUUGUGCAUAUGAAGUACAGACUAAAAUAUUUUACACGUAUUUUAUUUGGUAGAUCAUUCUCUCCUGUAUCAUCAUCAAAGAGCUAAAAUAAAGAUAUGAUUUCACAUGGGAAUUAGGAAUGCAUUUAUGUAUACAUUCCUUUUGAGUGGUCAAAAUAUCUUCUAAGCAAAUGUCAUCUGUAUUUUUAGCUAUAUGACUUGAGAAUAUAGGAUUUCCAUCAUAGCGUGUAAUUUUGCAAAACUUGUUGCAUAUUUCUGUUUACCUCCAAUAAUUUUGUUCAUUUCAUUGUGUUUU